CCAUUUCCGGUUGUGGCCCCUGGUCAAGUACAGUCAAGUGCGGUCGCGGUGGUGUGGCGGUGACUGGCCUCGGGCUUCUCUGUUCACAAAUUGUAAAAUAAAUUUAUAAACGUGUACAUUUAAUAUUUAUAAAUAAAUAUAAUAAAGAUUACAGAUUGUCUGAGUGUCAUAAAAAUAUAUUAUCUUAAUAAUGAAAAUAAAAAAAAUGAGUCAAAGACCUUUCAAGUUACCCGAAGGAAAGACAGCAGUUAUUAAAACAAAACAAAGAGCUCCGAAUAAAGUAAUGACAGAAAAGUUUCUUGAACAAGGAAUUAAAUUAACAAUUACUAAAAAAAAGAAAGAUAAUCUGAGCAAAGUAAUUACUGAAGAGUUUUUUGAACAUGAUUUAGAAAAUGAUACAGAUAAUAAUGCAUAUGAUGGUGAUGAAAUAGAUAAAAACACAGAUGAUGAAGACGCAGAGUUUAAUAGCAGUAGUGAGAGUAAUUUAGAGCCCGAAGAAUCCAAAAGAUUUAGAUCAUUAAUGAAAUUACAAGAUUAUGAUUUUUAUGAAGCAGAUGACAAAGAAGAUAACUCAUCAGUAAAUUCAGAUGAUAUGUACACUUCUAAUGAAAAUUUAAAGGUUGCUAAUGCCGAUAGUGAUUUUCAAUUAGAAGCUGAAAGUCAUCCUAAUAUCACUAUGAAACUACUGAAAACUUGGCAACAAGAAAUACAAAGAGACACAUCAAUUAUUACUAUUAAAUAUGCUGUAGAGGCCUUCCAUGCAGCUUUGAAUAGUAUGGCAAUAUCAUCAGUUGCAACCACGCAAUACAAAGUAGGAGGAAAUGCAAGAAAUAGGCUAGUAAUAUACGGAUUAUUUAAUGGCGUGAUGGAACUAUGUAUAACGUAUUUGCCCGAUGCAUUUAGACGGUUAUUAAAAUUGGAUGCCGAAUCACGAGAAGCACAUAAAUCUAAAAAUGUUGAAAAAAUACAAAAAGUUUUGAAAUUGUAUCUGUCAGACUUAAUUAAUCUAUUGCAUAAGGUUGCAUUGUCCAACGGUGCUGUUCUCAUAGUACUUUUAAAGCACCUUCAUCAAAUGUUGCCUUAUAUCCAGCCGUUUUCGUCUUUAACUAAAUCGCUAUUAGAAAUUUUGUUAAAGCUAUGGUCAACUGCAGACGAAACUGUUCGUGUCAUAGCCUUUUUAAAUAUCUUACAUUUUGCAACUAGUAAAGAAUUUGUACUCGAAGAACUAUUAGAGACUAUGUACGAAAAAUACGUUCAGAAUACGAAAUUAGUUUCACUUGACACAUUACCAGGAAUAAAUUUUAUGAGGCGAUCUUUAGUCGAGAUUUAUCUGCUUGAUCAUAAUACUUCGUACAAACAUGCUUUUCUACAUAUUAGACAAUUGGCGAUUAAUUUAAGAAACACUAUAACGUUAAAAAACAAGGAAAACUUUCAAGCUGUGUAUAAUUGGCAAUAUGUAAAUUCUUUACGCCUUUGGACAGAACUGAUGAACAAGACAAAAGAUAAAUCAGUAUUACGAUCGCUAUUGUAUCCGUUAGUUCAGAUUAUUAUUAGAACAAUAAAAAUUAACCCAUCCGCGCUAUAUUAUCCAUUGCGAUUUCAUUGUUUAGAAAUGUUGAUAACUAUUUCUAAGGAAACUGGAACGUUCAUACCUAUCUUACCAUUUCUUCUCGAGAUACUAGAUUCUUACGACUUUAACAAAAGACAUAAGACAGUUUCAACGAAACCUGUAUCUCUUAUUUGCAUUUUGAGGGUAUCAAAAUCACAAUUGGUAGAAAAUGGCUUCAAAGAUAGUAUUAUUGAAAUUAUUUACCAACUUGUAUUGGAACACGCAGCAUGUGAAAGUCAUAGAAUAUAUUUCCCCGAUUUGUAUCUAUCUUGUAUAAUACAGUUAAAAGAAUUUCUGGAGAAAUGUCACGUGGCAGCUUAUUGCAAGAAGAUGAAACAGCUUUUAACUGUGAUUGAAGAAAAUAAAAGAUACAUCGAGACUGAACGUACUAAAGCAACAGUAGAUCUAAAAAAUAUGGCAGAAAUAGUAAAUUGGGAAAACAGAAUAAAAACGGAUGGCACUGCAAUAGCUAAAUACUACGUCUCUUGUAUUAAACUUUGCGAAUUCCAGAAGUCUAAAUUUCUUACGAAGAAUACAGAAAACUCCAAUGUAUUUAUUGAGAAAAUUUAACAAAGCAUGAAUUAGAUGAGCAGAAUACAGAAAAUGAAGAAGAAAACAAAUUUAAGUUUCGGAUGAAGGAAAAGGAAACUUAAAAAAGACAAAAAACGAGAAGAUAAAAAGAAAAAUGAAAUGAAUAAAAACAGAAAGAAUAAUCAACAAUGAGAAGAAAAACAUUGUUCAAGAUAUAAUGAUGAUUAGAAUUAAAAAUACAAGGACAAGAUUAUUGUGAUAUAUAUAAUUAAUAAUGAUAUACACACGAGAUAAUUUUGUAUGAAUAAAGUACAAAAAUAUGUAAGAUGCAAAACAUUUAUUUAAGACUUUGAUUUCAAAUUAGAUCAAUUCUGUACAUACACAAUAGCUAUAAUUAUAUUCUCAGACUGUUAUAAAUUUACAAUCAAUUUUCUUUUAAUAUACACGCAUAUCACCGACAAGUACAUAAUAGACGUAAUGAUGAUAAACUAUGAAGGAUUUUUAAGUUAAUUUAACGAUCUGGUUUUUUUUUAUAGCAUUUUAUAGCAUUAUAUCUUCGUUUUUGUCUAAACACAAUAAACAUAAUAGCAUUUUUAUAAAAAUAUAUCUUUAAUCACAAAAA